AUGCCUAUUCCGACGCGUUCGGCCUCGCUGCGCGAGCCUCGUAAUCCAGCCUCUAAUAUAGCACGACCGACCACCACCACGGCGAUCCCGACGACCGGAACGGCCAAAGGACCGACACGAUUGACAACAGACAAGACCCGACCUUCUGCCAUCUCCUCACCAGCCGAGGGUGGCCCUACGACUGACAAUGGCGUUGCCCUCCGUGGUCGCACCCUCCUCCCUCAGCGCAGCAGCAAUCCAAACCGAGAUGACAGUCAUGGCCUGGGACAGGUGCGGUUCCUGCCACCGCAACACCGGGCUCCACGAGGAGAGACAUCGCCGAAGAGACAGUCCCCAACAAGACGAGAACCAGAAAAACAGGAGUCUGAGGCUCCGCCCACCAGCGCCGCUGCGCCCGCUCGUCGCCAGAGUCUGUUGCGACCUGGAGCAUUGAGAACCACUUCACUCAAGGCUAAUGUCUCUGCACCCAUCAAGGGUGCUGUGCCUGCGGUCACGCCUCCAUCUCCUCACCGGGAUGCUGCCGCCGCAACGCCCAACUCGAUCCGCAUCGUUGCGACAGCCUCGGAAUCCGACUUCUGUACCUCCGGCUGCGGCCCGGGGACAUGCCAGGCACCGCAGUCAGAUGGUUCCCACGAGUGGGAGACCAAGUCAUCCAGAUCCGUCCCCGACGCUUCAGAAGCCCCGAACGCAAUUCUCUACCUACCAGCAGCAGUACUCACCCAAGAAAUCUACCAAACCUCCCGCAUCUACCCCCGGGACGGCCCCGGAGCUGUACCUGGGUCCGGAGGUCUACUCAUCCCGAGCUCCUGGCCCGAUAUCGCCGCAUUACAAACCGAGCUCCUACAGCUCAGCCUCUUUCAUUCGAACUCACUUGAACGACAUGCGGAGUGGCAAUCAGAAUCCGAGUCCCACCUACGUAAACAUUACGACGCCGUUGCAGACCAAUAUCGAGCUUUACAGGCGAAUGAGAAGACUCGACAACGCCAACUCAAUACCCAAGCGCUGGCCUGUUGGGCCCAAAAGUGUCGAGAUCAUCAGGGACCCAUUGCCUUCCCAGAGCAGAUUCAGAUUCUGUCUCAGGUCUUACAGGAGAUUUCCGAUCUGGCCACGAGCAGGACCUCCGGGCGGUAUAUUUCGGUCGUGGACAUGUUUGAGAAAUGGUUUCAGCAGGCAGAGUCUAUCCAGCAUACCCGAGAGUCAUCGAGCCUUUUUGAUAGAGUCGUCUUCAUUGAUCCGUUGGAUCGACAAUGGAAAGAUGAGGCGCAAGCACUCCAUGCAAAACUUGAACUCUGUGCGCGCCAGCUCCAGAGCCUGGAUAUUUUAGGAUUCGGUGAUGUAGAGCGCCUGGAGCAGUCGGCUUUGAUUCGGAUUGUUCGGGGACUGGACGAAUCUAUUCAACUAAUGAUGCAGGAGCUUCGGGCCAUGCGGACUCUCGAGGCCGAGGUUGUUCGCUCGGAACGGGAGGCUGUCAGUCAAAUUGCGACACACCAGACUGGUCAGCGACGUGAAUUCCGGACCGCACGAGUGGGAAUUUGGAAAUCCUAG